CUGUAUUUUUGUAUCGCCGAAACAUGAAGUAGAAAACGUAUUCGUUUAAGAAUAUGAAGCAAUGAUAAUGUUAUUUAUUUUGGCAGGUUUGUGUAACGAGUGGCCAUUUUGCUCUUGGGUUAAAAAACGUAUUUAGAAUAAUCGUUUCCACCGUGGUCGGAACUUUUCUCCGGCUGCAUUUUCUCACGGUGGAAUAUUAAUGUAGCUACCGUACAGUGUAGUCACGUGUGUUUUGAAAAGUUUACACGGAUGGGAGAGAGCAGGCGGCUCCCAGCAUCUAUCCCAUUUUAUAAACCCUCUAUUACUUUGGUUUAUUUUAACAUCUGUUAGCAUUGGAUAACCGUAGCUACAUUUAUCAGGCUGACUUUAGCUUCAAACAGCGCUGCGGGCAGUCUGGUCCCACUUUCGGGCGAGGAUAUCAGUUUAACGUUGAUGCCGUUUGUAGUUAACGUGUUCGCAGUUUCGUUUGAAUUGAAGUUAUAUUUACGGUGUAGUCAAGCAUAAGUGUGGCAAAAAAUGGUUUUCUUCACCUGCAACGGCUGUGGUGAGUCCCUGAAGAAAGCUCAGGUUGAUAAACACGUGAACAUGUGCCGGGGUUGCCAGGUCCUGUCCUGCAUCGAUUGUGGAAAAGACUUCUGGGGGGAUGACUACAAGAACCAUGUUAAAUGCAUCAGUGAAGACCAGAAGUAUGGAGGCAAAGGCUACGAGGCUAAGGCUAACAAAGGAGAUGUGAAACAGCAGCAGUGGAUCCAGAGAGUCCAUGAAGCCAUGAACAAACCUGGAGUCAGUCCAAAGCUAAAAAGUGUGCUUCAACAAGUCAGUUCAUAUGACAAUGUCCCAAGAAAGAAGGCCAAGUUUCAGAACUGGAUGAGAAACAGUCUUAAAAUAGCCAACACCAGUCUUCAUGAUGAAGUGUGGAACAUCCUCGCUGCAGCUGACAGUCCUCCUGAGGCCCAGCAGAAGACUGAGGAAGCUAAACAGAAGGUGGCUGAAGUAAAAGGCGACACUAAUGGAGAUGACAAGCAGAAUGGCCAUCCAGAUGUUGAGAAGAAGAAACUGAACAAACGGGAGCGUAAAGAGGCCCGUCAGCAGAAGAAUGGGAAGGUUGUGAAAGGUCCCAAAGAGGCGGUGGAACAGAAGCCAGAAGAAGGUAAAAAGAAGAAGGACAGAAAGAGAAAACGCAACAGUGAGGAAGACGGAGAUGAAGAGCAGAAUGGAGAUGAAAGUGAUACAUCCAGCAAGAAAACAAAGACAAUUGACCAAUCAGCAGAGGUUGCUGACAUGGCAGAGGAGACCGAGGAUCAAGAAGUUGCCAAAGGCAAAUUCAACUGGAAAGGAACUAUCAAGGCAGUGCUGAGAGAAUCCGCUGACCAGGAACUGCCAGUAAAGAAACUCAGGAAGAAGAUUUUGGCAGCGUACUACUCUUUCACUGGUGACAAAAAUUUUAAGUCAGAGGAGGACGUGCUCGCACUUUUCAACAAGAAGAUCAACAGUAAUCCCAAAUUCAAAGUCUUGAAAGACAGAGUUCGACUUGUAAAGUAGAUCUGUUCGUCCCACCUCGCCUGGCAUGAAAUGUAUGUUUGUUCAUAGACUUUUAAAAUUUAAAAGCCAUUGUUGUCUGCCAUCCUCCCCUGGAUGUUUUUGUACAGAUGACCUAAUCUUGAAGAUUAAAUAAUUUUAUAACCGUC